AGGUGAGAGUUUGGCGUAUACAUAAUAUAUAUUUACGCGUUGUUUACAACAUUUUCUGUGUCUGCUUAUGGCAUCUUGUCGGUGACAUUGGCGUUGGACAGCAAUGCUAGUGUACUUAUCGGAACAUUGAAUGCUGUAUACAUGUGAGAUGUAAACAACCGAGUCGUAUACUAGUUCCUCGACUGAGAAAGCAUUGCGGCAAUACCUUGGCAACGCUGAAUAUUGGAGCUCGGUCACGUGACGAGCUAGAAUUUAAACCUUAUGAGAGUUUGAUUUUGUGAAUAACACUGCCAAUAUGAGCUUGCGGAUUUUUGUGUCUUACGAAGAUCGCCGACACUCGUUGGACGUGAAACCCAACGACGAUGUCGGCUCGUUGAAACUUAAAGCGACUGAGGUGUUUCAGUUAGAUACCCGUGGUGGCCAGUUUGUUGUGUUAAAUUACCAUGGCUCAGAUCUGGCCGAUGAUUGGUAUCUGAGUGACAUCGGCGUGUCCGCAGGUGCCACGUUAAAGGUCAGCGUACGGGAAGACGUUAAGCCUAAAUUGUAUGUGUACUCCGUAUUCAACGGCGAAACGAUUGAAAUUUUGGAUGAUAUUCACCCUCUCCAGACUACUGUAGCCGAAUUGAAGACAUUAAUAGUGCGACGUAGUGGUCUACCCGUGAGUGUAUUUCGGGUAGUCACGGAAGAUGGAACUGAUAUGUUUGACUUGAAUUCACUUGAUACGUACGGUAUCGAGUUCGGUUCCACGGUACGUAUGUUAACGUGGGACGGCUGGAACGAAUUCUUAAAGGCUGCUUCUAUCGGACAUACAUCGGAAGUGACGAAACAUCUCUCGGCAGAUGAACAUGUGGCCAAGUUCCAGUGCCGUGUUGCGUUGUUCAUCGCUGCACAUCACGGACACAUGGAUCUAGCUUCUACUAUGCUGAGACAGGGUGUACGUUCAGACGAACCAAUCGGAGAUCACCCAACGAGAGAGUGGUGUAGCAGUACGCAUAUUGAAAGCUACAAAACACCCAUACACGAAGCGGCGGAACACGGACAGUUACAGAUUCUGAGAAUUUUUGUUUUUCAUAAUAUUUGUUGCGUUACGUGUAAAGAUGGAAACAGUUUGACCCCCUUGAGCGUUGCUCUGAGAAAACAACAGAGGGAAGUGGCUUUGUAUUUGUUAACCAAGCAAUGGUCUAGCGUCACAUACAGCGCGGUUACAUUGCCCUUAACUAUUUACUCGCAAGUGAGAAGAUGGUGCGACCGAGCGAAAGAUAGAGUUAUGUUAAUUUACGGAGCGGAAAAGUCUAGCCUAAAAAUACGCCGUCCUUAUAGGCAAAAUGGCGCCCUGUGUGGGCAAGGUGUUCACAUAGAUGGAUUCACGGAAAGCAGACAGAAUGCUAGUCCCAGAUCCAAAAGCUACAAUAAGAUCAAAUGUAAAGCGCUUGGAUUAGUAAAAAAAUCUCCGCAUAUGCAAUCCUUGAGUGUUAAUAGUGUGCAUCAUGCAAGUACUGUACGUAGCAGUGUUGCUACAGGGGAAACAUCUUCUUUGUCGCCAACGUCUCCGGAAAAUAAGCUUCCGAGAUUAAACGGGGAAACAGUUCCCAGCUUAGUGGCAAAAUACAAACAACAAGUGGCCGAAAAAAGAUCGAAGCACUCGGAAUGGCGACCGAGAAGUCGAAGUGUGACGGUGAGUCCGACCAAAUUUCCGUCAAUCAACCAACAACAUGCAAAAAUGAAGAGUUCGUCGCACCAGAAUUUGACAGUUUCUCAUGACUAUGACUUCGAUGAAAACGGUGUCGAAACAGAUUUUAAUGCGAGUAGUGCGUAUUAUGUUAACACGCCAGCGGACGGCAAACGCCGUAGAAGCCAUAAAGCAGCGAAAAUACCACCUCUUAAACUUGACAAAUCACCCCGGGAGAGCGAUGAGCGCACUAAGAAAAUGGAAGAGAGGAAGAAAUGGAGACGCCAUAUUUUAGUGGAGAACACCGUGCCGCUACCAGCAAUGAGUUUAGAAGCCACACAGAAACCGUUCUAUUACACUGGAACUAGGGGGGUAAAUCUACCAGUGAACACUAUCAAAUUAUACGAGGAUAUCAUUGGAUGUUCGGCCAGAGAAAAAGCUAUCGAGUCUCUGGCGAUUGCUUCAACGUUCAAAGAAAAACCUUGGCUACAACAAGUACGAUUAGCCAUGUCAUUUUCACGGCAACACAUCAUGAGGAUUGCUUCACUCGAUACCAUCACACCGGGAAGGAAGGUUACUGAGUCUGACAUGAUGUCGACGAGAGACGAAGCAGACGAUUCAAGCGACGACGAGAGCGUGUUCAUAGACAGCCCAGCAACAGACCAGGUAAUUGCCGAUGUGCGAUCAAGCUGA